UCAAUUAAUUAUGUACAACAUACAACAUGCCUGGGCAGGAGAUGUAACCUGUCAUCAGACUCAUUUUGAUGGGAGCUGGCACUGGAACAAUUUCAAGAAUGUGCUUGCUUCACAAGUUCCCAUUGUAAUGAGGCUAUUGUUUAAUUGAGCGUACAAUUGGCAACUCUUGUGGACUAAUAUGGCAGUGAGUACAUAAGGUGAUGCAACAAACCCCACAGGUACAACUAACCCUCUCUGCCCUUGGAAUAUUUACUGGGCCAACUGGCAUCCCCAAAGGCACUGUGAAGGCAGAAAAACCCACAGUUACAAUCUGGUACACGCAGUGUUUGUUCUGCCCUGAUACCCCAGAUGUGGUGUUGACUUGCUGUUUAUGCUUGCAUGGUCCAUUGCAGACUGCUGAGUGCCGCUGGCUUCAUUUUACCCACUUACUGGAUGGCACAUCGUCAAAAGUCACUGUGGAGUAUUGCAUUCGUUGUGUUUAAGAUCAACUGUGGCUGUUAGCCUUCCUCUCUCUUUAGAGUCUUUUGGGACCAGAUUUUCCUCAGUGCAAGCAGAAGUUCUGGCCAUCUGAGACAAGUGAGUGAUUCUUGUUAAACCUCACAUAAUUCAAGCAGACAAUAUACUACAACUAGCAAAGAGGUGCCACUAUAGUUGAUCUCAUCCAUGAUCUCAAGCAUCUUCCAGCUAUCAACAGAUCAAGAUUGUGUUCGGAUUUGAGUUCUACACAGUGCUGGGAAUAAACAAUGUGGCGGGGAGCUUCAGUUCUGUUGGCAGUUUUUGCAACAGUCAGUGCUGUGCAACUGCAGCAUUCUAUCUCCAUCUGCUGUGAUGAUGGGGCAGAGUAUGCCAAUUCAGAGCAGACCUGCAGUGGAAUCGACAUCAAGGCCAUCCCCAGCAACUUGCAGCUGCUGGAGGAGGAAGACAUCAAGGACUGCUAUGUUGUGAUGCGAGCCUGCUGCGUCAAGGAACUCCAGAGGGACAUGUGCAUCAGUGGGCUGUCCACCCGAGCUAAUAUUGGGAGCUGUGAUCGCAUCCUGGGAGAUGAAUGUGCCUCCAUCGAAAAGACAUGCUGUGAGUGCUGUGAGCUUGGCUUGAAGGCUUUUCAGGAGUCAGCCCCAUGCGAGGGAACUGAUCUUGGCACAGAGUGUGACCUUGCAUUCAGGGAAUGUUGCCAAAUGGCAAGCAGUGCCAAUGACAUGGAUGAAUGCACCCUUGCCAGGGAGAACAACCAGCGACUCUGCAGUGCCAAGUGUGUCAAUGUGAUUGGCAGCUUUGUCUGUGAGUGUCCAGUGGGCUACAUUCUAGCAGCAGCGGACAACAUGACAUGUAUCAGAGAACCAGGUGAUAUCACUAAUCCAUGUGAGUCAUCUCUUUGUGAGCAACGCUGCCAGCCCAAUGGUAGCUCGUAUGUGUGUUCCUGUGAGGCAGGAUAUGAACUACUAGAAGACGGUUACAGUUGUCAUGAUGCCUCCAGUCCAUUGCUGGCAUGUAUGUUUGCCAACUGUGAUUAUGGCUGCCGCACUAUUGAUGCAUCGUCCUAUGAGUGCUACUGCGACACAGGUUAUGAUUUAGACACAGACGGAACAACAUGCAUCGACAUCAAUGAGUGUCAAGAGGUAGCCGGCGUCUGCCCUUCGGGCCAUACAUGUACCAACAUUCCUGGCUCAUAUACAUGCAUUCGGAAAUGCACUACUGGACUGGCUUACAAUGUUGACUCCUCUAGAUGUGAAGAUAUUGAUGAGUGUCAAGAGGAAAAUGUCUGCCCUUUGCACAAGCAGUGCCGGAACUACAUUGGAGGGUUUUACUGUGCAAGAACCAGAUGUGUUGAGGGAGAGCAGAUUGUGUAUGGUGAGGGUAACACCAUCCAGUGCCAAGAUGUGGAUGAGUGUGCCAGGGGUACCCAUGAUUGUCCAGAAGGCUUCCGUUGUGAUAACUCUCAUGGUAGCUUCAGAUGCACUCGAUCAUCACCAUGUGGAACUGGUUACACAGUGAAUGCUUUUACUCAGCAGUGUACAGACAUAGACGAGUGUGUGCAGGACACCGAUGAUUGUCCCCCAGAAUACUACUGUCAGAACACCAUGGGAAGCUACAAGUGCAGGCCUUGUCAACAAGGCUUCAAGGCAGAUAGUUCAGAUGGCUGUUCACUAGAUAUCGAUGAGUGUGAAGAACUGGGAGAUGUGUGCCCUCCUGACCAGACAUGUGUCAAUACCUACGGCAGUUAUCGCUGCAAUCCUGGCUGCCCGCAGGGUUUCCAGUAUAGUGAGUUGUACAGGGAGUGCAGAGACGUGAAUGAGUGUGCCUUAGGAUUGGAUGACUGCAGGGCCAACCAAGUGUGCCAGAAUCGGGAGGGCUCUUUUGAAUGUAGAUGUCGGCAAGGAUUAGAAUUCAAUGAAGUCACCAGGGAAUGCGAUGACAUCAAUGAAUGUGAGAGUACCCCACCAAGGUGCCGCUACCAUGAGCAGUGCUUCAACUAUGAGGGAUCAUUUGCCUGUCAACAGCGUUGCCAUGUCAACUACAGAUACAGUGAAGAAGAGGGUUGCGUUGACAUCAAUGAAUGUGAACAGGAACCAUAUCCAUGUUAUGGGAACUUGCAAUGUGUUAACCAGCCAGGAUCAUUCCGAUGUCGACAGUGCCCUCGUGGUCAGAUAGCCAAUCGGGAAGCCAGGCAGUGUGAAGAUGUGGAUGAAUGCAAGUACCGAGGAGCCAAUUGCAUGGGAGGAUGCAGGAACACCAUCGGCUCCUACAUGUGUACCUGUCCUCAGGGUUACAAUUUGGUCGGCAGGUUCAGCUGUAGAGAUAUAAAUGAGUGCCGUGUAAACACCCACAACUGCAGCUCACAGUCAGACUGCUUUAACACCAGAGGUGGAUUCAAGUGCAGGAGUAUCCAGUGCCCACAGCACUACCGCAAGGAAGUUGAAGGUGAGGAAGUUCGCUGUGUCAAAGUCUCUCUGUGUCCAAACAACGACUUCAGCUGUAUCAAUGACCUGGUCAAGCUCAUCACCUACAACAAGAUCGCUCUGCCGAGUGUGAACGGCGACCUGACUGAGCCCGUGCUGCUGCUCCGCCUCCAGAUUAGAGACCUAACCUACACCCAGGUGCAGGGUCUGAGGUUUUUACUGACCCAAGGCAAUGAGCUUGGGCUGUUCAGUGUGACAAAGGAUGUCAGCCGUGAGGGGUAUGACCGUUGGAAUGCUGUCGGAACUCUGUACCUGGAGGAGGCCAUUGUAGGGCCUUAUGAGACAGACCUUCGUCUGGAGAUGCAACUCUUUAAUGUACAAGUUCAACGAGAGGAGCUGCUUUCUAUUACCGUCGCUGUCUUCAGUAUCGAUGUCAGUCCCAAUGCAUACUAGAGGCCUCCCCUCCAGACCCCCCCUCGGGAUUUAAUAAGUAACCAGAACAUAUCUAGAAUAAAGUAGCCAGUUCCAUUAUUCACAAUAUCUUGACUAAUUGUGGGGCUGUCUUUAAUAUUUGUUCAAACUUUUCAAACAAAUCUACAUCCACUCAUGUCAUACAUGAGUUACAUGUAUGACACCAAAAAAGAAAGUCAUAAUAAAAUGUGAAGAUCACUAGUAGUGGUACCCGACAGUAUACUGCAUAGCUAUGACAGUCUGGCAGUACACCAAUGAUAAUAAAGUCAAAGUUACAAGAAGCGCUUGAAGACGUGCAUGAAAGAUGAUCUGGCACUCUUUUGAUUAAGCAGUACAUCCUGCACAGUGCAGGAGUAUCAGGAAAUUGGGGGGAGGGGGCAUAGGAAAGCAGCUUUACUUCAAUGUUCAUCUUCAUACAACCUGUUUUGCAUUCUUGUAUGGUCCCAGUGCAUGUUGUCAGUCUACAUGUAUGUAUGUAUGUAAAUAUGUCUUGUAGUAGCUUUCUACCAUUUUUUACCACUUUUACCAAAUAUGUUAGUUCGUGUUAAGCAAAUUAAGCAAUUUAAAUCAAGCUACAUGCUCCAUUUGAAAACUUUUCAUUUAAGAAAAAGAUUAUGUUUACAUCGCUCAUGUUUAAGAGAAAAGAGGAUGUGCGCUUGCUUCUACACUGUGCCUUGGAAUGUUUGGACACUAUAAUACAGCAUUACCAGUGCUGCUUGUAAUCUGAAGACCAGAGGUACCGAGAUUUCUUCAUAAAGGCCUGCAGGCAGACAAACUUUUAAAAUUGCUUAAUCAAUCCUUGUAUGACCAAACCCUUUAUUACAGUUUUUUGCCCGUAUGAGUUGCAAGAGGAUGUGAGCUACGUGUAUGUAAACUCUAAAUAAGCAAUGUAUGGCACUGACCAAUAACAUUAUCUAAGAUACAGAGUUACAGCAAAAGUCAUUUUGUUAAAAACCAGCAUUGCAACUUUCAUGUAGCAGAUAUCCCUUCUGAAUGUACAUGUACUGUAGUUAAUUGGCAUCCAAUGAUAAAAUCAUUGGGCUACUCACCAUCGGAAGUGUUACAUAAAAGCGAGUGAGGCCAUCUAAAUGAAUGUCAGUUAUUCAGGUCACAGUGGCCACUGAAACUGCACGAGUACUCAGAGACAAAGAAAACUGAAUUGACGUUGAUGUCGAAUUGUUUGAAAUUUUGGGCACAAAAGGGGCUAACAUAACAGCUCCCCAGCCAACUGUAAUCAUGUGAAGGAGAUCCAAAAAUUAUCAUUUGAGCAGUUUUUCAGAGCAUAGAGCUACACAUAUGCCAAGGUGUGCACUGAGUGGUAUUGUUGAUUCGAUAGUAACUCAUGCUGUCUUUUGUGAAUGUAAUCCUGACAAAAUUUCAGCUUUUGUGCACAUUUUGACGGAAGACUACCAUUCUUUUCAAUUGUUCAUUUGGUUCAUUUUUAUUUCUUUAUGUUUAUUUUUAUCGUAUCACAUUUUGUCAUCUAUUUUAAUGCAGUGUUUUUAUCUACUAUAAUUCACAACAAUCAGUGUAUCACGUCUCUGUGAGAGAAAUAAAGUUCUGAAACUACAACUAACACA